AUGUCUACAUUCACUGCUCUCAAUGGCGCCCCCUCAAAGUUGACCGAGUCUCCCGCGGCGCCGGCAGAUCAGAGCUCAUCUCCUGGUGAGCGUCUUGCUGGUUCAGUAAUAGCCACCUCGGCGCCAGCGGCCGCUGAGAUGCCAACAACUUCGUCAUCUCAAAGGGAAUCGUGGACACCUCAAAGUGCGGAGAGGACCAUACACGUUGCAACCUAUCCCCCGGAAAUCGAAGGGUCACAUAAGCGUAAGCGAUCGGUAUCCGUUGAGAUCCGGAGAGAGCUCCCAGCACAGGAGCGUACCCCAGAUACUGCAACGGCUCCGCCGCACAACGAGGCCCGCGAUCACUAUGGUACGCCCCAGAGAGACUACCGGUCCUAUGGUGAUGAGCAGCGAGAACGCGACAAGGAAAUGUGGUACUCGCACUCGUCUCGAGAUGAGAGGAACCCCUACGAGACCCAGCAGAACUCGGCAAUAUCGACCCAAAGCAACACAGAAGAGCAACUUGGAGAAGCGUUGAGGCGAGCUGCAGGCCAGAUGGACCACAGCGAUUACACUAACACGAGCCCCGAUGGCGAUGAUCGAUCAGUGUCCCUGUACGGUGGCUCAUAUACCGACCACAGAGGAGACUCGAUGCUCCAGCACGAUCCCAAGAAGCGAAAGCGUAACUUUAGCAAUCGCACGAAGACUGGCUGCCUUACAUGCCGCAGGAGGAAGAAGAAAUGCGACGAGCAGAAGCCUGAGUGUGGCAGUAACUGCAUCCGCGGUGCGUUUGUAUGUGCCGGCUACCCUCCACAGAGAGGGCCAGGCUGGCAGAAGCCGGACAACAAGGCCGCCGCAGUCCCGCUUGAGUCCAAAGACCCCAGCUACGUGCCGCCCGCCUGUGAAACGGGAGUCGUUGAACCAUUACCGCGGCCAGCCUCUCCGAAUUGACCCCCCUCAAAGCCGGCCAGUGAUUAUUCCAGAUGACGAUCGGCCAACGGCGUCGACCAUCCCCAGUGCAUCCGUGGCGAGUCCCGACAACAAGCUCUCUGCGCUGCCGUAUACGCCCGCCAACGUCUUCCCCACGCCCGUGAGCGCAAACACUCAGGCACCACCCUUUGGGGAGAGGACGGCAAAGGAGUACCAGCGCGUGCCCCCGCUGCAUGAUUUGAGCCGGACCGAGCCCGAAACACCCCAUCCGGGCAACCAACUGCCGCAGAUCAACAUUCUGCAUCCGACGAGGACAAAUAGCCCGACUCCUCGCCCACAGCCUCCUGCAACCUCAAACGCGCAGAUGGCUGCACAGCUCGCGCUUUCUCACUCGCAAUUUCCUCUGCGACGGACUCAAAAGGAGGAGAUGCUUUCGGGAAGGCACUUUUACCCGUUUGAUAAAGAGCUUUGCCUUGAGCGGGAGCGAUGCGCUGCCGCCUGCUGGAGAUUCAACAACCUCACGACGCCCCCGACAAACGGCGUCUCUCCCGAAGAGCGAGCGCGCUUGUUCCUCGAGAUCCUGCAGCCCCGAGACCCUGUCCGCGUGUCUCCCAUCGAGGCGUCUCCGGUGACCAACGUUGGACGGGUUGGUCGUCAUGUUGCCGUCGAAACUCCCUUUGUCUGCGAUUAUGGCUAUAACAUCUCCAUUGGCAACGACGUUGUCAUUGGCCGAAACUGCACCAUCAACGACGUCUGCGAGGUCAAGAUCGGGGACAACUGUGUCCUCGGGCCAAAUGUCAGCAUCUUUACCGCCUCCUUACCCAUUGAUCCUAAGAAACGUCAAGGGGGGCAGGGGCCGCAGCAAGGCAGACCUAUUGUCAUUGAGCAGGAUUGCUGGAUCGGUGGCGGUGCCAUCAUCUUGCCCGGCCGGACCAUUGGCAAGGGAAGCACCGUCGGAGCAGGAUCUAUCGUUACCAAGGAUGUGCCCCCCUUCACGAUAGUGGCUGGAAAUCCAGCACGUGUCCUUCGCGGCAUUGCGUCUU